AUGCCACGGUCUCUACGGGAAUCAUCGGUAGUAUCCUCCACUGGAAGAUCUCCCCUGUCGCUCAAACGUCGUAGAAGGCGACCCGCUCGGUCCUGCGAACAAUGUCGCCGUCGCAAAAUCCGAUGUAGUUUGGGCCAACCAUGUAAUGGCUGUGUCCGGGCUAGGGUGCCGAUACAAUGCUCCUAUCGCGACGGAAGUCCCGUUGGAGCAGCUCACGAGACACGGGCCUCACCGGCGACUGAGACGCGACCUACGAGGAGGGAUGGGGCUAUCGCGACACCGCAGAAUCGGACUAACACCACGGCUCAAGAUCAAAUAUCUCGAUCAUCAAGACCCGACAAUAACAACACGCCCGUAUUAAAUCGUGCAAACCAUGUCUCUCAAAGUGUUUCAUCGCCUCAAGUAUCUACAACUUCAUCUUCGACUUCUAUUCUACCUUUCAUACCAAGACUCCGUCACGUACCAGAAAAGACCAAACUUUUUGGCCAAACACAUUGGCUUCAUACUGCAGAAAAGUUUCCUGUCUCAGGGACAUUUCAUCCAGUCGAGGUCGAGCCGUCGUGGGAGGACGCCAAGUCAGACUUCUACGAUGUCUUGAAAGAAGCUCGCGGUGUACGUUUUGGCCUCAAGAAGCAGUGCUCAUCCAACCUUGAACAGCCAAUUCAGGACUUACGUGGUACUCUCCCUGCCAAGGCGGUUUGCGAUGAACUUGUCGCCUGUUACCUCCGCACAUUUGAACCUCUGUACCGUAUUAUCCACGUCCCUUCUUUCCGGAAGGAAUACGAUAGACUUUGGGAAAGCGAACAACCGUCUUCGCUACCGACUGUUUCGAUGGUCAGGCUGACAUUAAUCAUGGCUAUCGGCACCACCUUUGCGCAGUUCGACAGCGACGUCGAGAUUAGUCACCUUUGGCGGCCUGCACAGUCGUGGAUUCAGAAUGCCCAAUGGUGGCUUACAGGUCCAAACGAAAAGACGACAUAUAACCUCGAUGGAUUUCAGUUGUUUUGUCUACUGAUCCUUGCUCGUCAAGUAACCUUCAACUGCCGUGGAGCAACAUCAUGGCUCUCGGCUGGCUCUUUGUUGCGCGCUGCUUGUACCAUGGGUCUUCACCGUGACCCCAAGCUGUUCUCAGGCCUAUCGCUCUUCCAAAAAGAGUUUCGUGCUCGAUUAUGGGCCACAUCCUUAGAGUUGGCUGUCCAGUCAUGUUUAGAUCUCGGUCUACCACUGCAUCUUUCCGAGGAAGACUUUGAUGCUCCUACUCCGUCAAACUUCAACGAUUCAGACCUCGAGUCUAACUCUCCCCAGACGCCGAAAUCCAUGGAAACUUUUACGGACUCGUAUUUACAAAUAAUCCUUUCAAAAUCCCUGUCGUUGCGUGCAGGAAUCAUACGCUUCUUAAACGACAUUCGCCAGGAGAAGACGCAUGAAAAGGCAAUAUCAAUGGGAACACAACUACGUGCGGAGUGCAGGGACGUGGCUGUCUUUUUCCACUCAGUCAAUCAAGGCCAGGCAAAUCUCGGACACGGAUCGAGUCUCGAGGCUAGUGAGUUUCAUCGCAAGCUGAUAGAUAUUCACUUGCGUCGGUUCAUCCUGUUUCUUCACCGCGACUUUAUGCUCCAAGCGAAAACUAAUCCUCAAUUUUAUCUCUCUCGUAAACUAUGCGUUGAGGCUGCUCUUGUCAUUGCAUCUGGAAGUAACGGCGUUGACUUGGACUUACCCAUGCGGGUAUGGGACGACAUGUCUCGGCUGUCCUUUGUCGGACGAGGUCUAUUCAAAUGUGCGUUGAGCUUCGAUGCCAUGCUCAUCCUGGCACUGGAGAUCAUAAGUGAGCUGCAGGACGAGUCGACGCCAGAUCAUGAGUCUGAAAUUCUCAAAGAAAUGGCGAGGGCUGCACGUGUACCUCUGAUUCGGGUCCUGGAAGAGAUAAGCAAACAGCUUCGCUGUUUCAUAGCUCGAGGCAACCUGAGUCUCAAGAGACUUCUGUUCUCGAAUGCUCAUCUUGCACAUAUUCGGGCCUCGGAAGCGGGACGUCCAGUCAAAGCGAUUGUAUACGAGACCGUAACUUCAACUUUGCGCGACUGUGUAGUGAUGAUGCGUGAAUUUCAAGCGACGAUGGAACCCAACGAGCCUGUGGUGACCUCAGACAGCUUGACCACCGACUUUUUCGGCCCAGACAUGUUUUUCGAUAACAAUAUCAUGGAGUGGGAUAUACCCAACCUCCUGGGGUUUCCAACAGUUGGGAGAGACGGCAAUUGGCCAGUCAUGGAUUGA